AUGUAUUUGUGUGUGAUUUUUGUGUGCUUGUGCAUUGUUAGUGCCGCAUACGGAUCAGGAAAUUCAUUAAAAGACCCCUAUAUCUGUGGACCACCGUCAUGUGCAGCUUCCGAGAAAUUCAAAUAUUUCUCCCAAACAGUUUACUACUAUGAAUACAAAGUAAAGGUGGAAACAUAUUUUGCUGGAUCUAGCAACUACCGGUCAUGGCUGGAUACCAAAGCUCAAGUCAAAGUGCAAUUCAUUAGCCCCUGUGAAGGUCUGCUGCACUUAGAAGACAUAAUACUUACAGAUCAGGAUGAAUACUAUCCAAUCGAAAGAACUGAGAAGUUUAUACAAGCUCUCUCACAGUUUGACCUCAGAUUUGCAUUCCAUGAUGGCAUCAUAUCCGAAAUAUGUCCUGAUAACUUGGAGGAAGAUUGGGUCCUUAACUUCAAGAGAGCUAUACUAUCGCUCUUUCAAAAUAGUAUGAAGAGAUUUGACAUCAAUUUCAAUGGGGUUGAGCAAGACAUUCAUGGCACAUGCAACGUUGAGUACACAGUACGCGGACAAGAGAACACCAGCUUGAUUCUGGUAAAGAAGAGGGAUCUGGCUUUAUGUACGGAUAGAUACAAAUACAUGUCUAUAUUGCAGACUGUGCGUUACGAUUUUCAAAGUAAAUUUCAAACCUGGCCAGUUUUAAAAUCAGAAAGCAAAUGCCGUAUCACAGUUGACCAUAACAUUUACAAAGCUGUGAACUGUCGAGAAAGACAUCUCUUCGAACCCUUCUCCGGAAAGAACUCUGGCGCAAUAUCAACCGUUAUUCAGGACUUGGAGCUGAUCAAGGAACUUAAUAAAACUGAUAUUGAAGUUAUGGAAUCCCAACCUAAAGCUUGGUCAGUUAUACAAAAGCGUUCGAAUAUCCUUCAUCAUCACACCCCACAGAAUAAAGGUGACACAGGAGAGUUGAAGUCUGCAAGGGAUGUGCUCAAGUUGCUUUGCUUAGUCAAGCAAACCCCUGACGGUGAGAUGACCAGCGUUGACGAGAACAUGGACAGCGGCUCAAUAGUGGGCUUGUGGGGACGAUUGGUCAGAUCCGCUCGGAAACUGCAUCAUCCUGCGUUGGCACAGCUGCUUUUACGCGCACCUACCAUUUGUCCGGCUGCAACAAAACAUAUUCUGGAUGCGCUACCUUACAUUGCAAGCACCGGCUCAGUGGAACUAAUAAAAGAUAAGGUGGUGAAUGAAGACGUGGAUAAGGAGACUCGACAUGAGUGGCUUAUGUCGAUGGCUAUGAUACCUAGGCCUAAAGUAGAAAUGCUUAAGAGCACGCUGGAACUGCUUCAAAAGCAAAAGAACGACAAAGUUAUCAGUUUCACAGUAUCGUCCAUGAUGCAUUCCUACUGUAAGCACAGCGGUAAAUCCUUACGUGAAUGCUGCGAAGAAGAAAUUCCAAAGCAAAUCUUGGAAGUAUUCCAAAGCAUUGUAACAGAGGUUACGGGUAGAGGUCUUACAAAUGCACCGAGAGAGGAUAGAGACAAACUCGUGUACGCGAUCAAAGCCCUGGGUAACAUCGGAGGAUUCAAGCAGGAAUUUGCGGAUGUCCUAAUAAAUAUAAUUGGCGAUGCCUUAGUGCCUGUACCUAUUCGUCUGACCGCUAUCGACGCAUUCAGAAGGACGCCAUGUACUGAGACACGCGAGUACUUUUUAGAAACGUUCCGAGAAGAUCUAGUGGAUAUAGAAGUACGCCUUGCUUCUUAUUUACAAGUGAUGCGGUGUCCAGAUUUGAGCAUUAUAAGAAGGAUUUUCCAUGCUUUGAGAAACGAACCAGUUAAUCAAGCGGCAACAUUCGUAUGGAGUCAUUUAAACAACCUAGGACAGUCCUCACUGCCGUCCCGAGUUGAAAUCCAAGGUCUUCUCUCCGGCAAUACGAUGCCGCAACUCGAGGAUAGUCCAGACUUCAGGAUGUUCUCUAGGAACUACGAACAGAGUGUUUUCUUCGAUCAGUACAAUGCAGGUGGUAACUAUGAAGCCAAUGUGGUGUUCUCUCCUGAUUCCUACAUUCCAAGAUCUGUAUCGCUCAACUUGACCGUUGAUAUGUUUGGUGAAUCUAUCAAUCUGCUAGAGAUUAAAGCACGCGGUGAAGGUUUUGAAAGAUACUUCGAAACAUUUUUUGGUAAAAACGGACCAUUUAGCAAAAAUGAAUUAACUAAGAAAGUAAGCAAUUUACGAUUCUUCAGAUCCGCAAACGAAGCGGACGAACUACAAGGGAAAAUCGACGAUCUUGGAUACAAAAACAACGCUCUUAAGCACCGUUAUCCAAUGGCAGAGUUGGGUAUCAAAGUAUUCGGCAAUGAAAUAUCAUUCUGGAGCGCGGAGGGCUCUGAUGAAAUAGUUAAGUCAUUGGAGAGGUUGAACCCUAAACUGAGGAUAUUGGAGAUAUUGUCUGGAAAGGAAAUAAAAUACAACAAAGCGUCCCUUUUCCUGGACACUACUUUCUCAGUGCCAACUGGAUGCGGUCUACCAUUAAACAUGAACCUAAUGGGUACGAGCUACGUGGACACCAAGAUGUCUGGGACUGUGGUUGAUAAGUACGAGCAGUCGGGUAACUUGGAAUUUGCCGGAAUGAUAAGACCUAGUGUUGCAGUAAACAUAGCAGCAACCAUGGGUGUUGUAGCGAGCACGCUGACUUCUAGCGGCAUUCGUUUAAACGCCCGUUUGUAUACCGCAACAUCAGUAGAGGCUAAACUGAGUGUACGAGGGUUGAACAUGUUGCGACUCGAUUUGUCGCUGCCGAGAGAUAAACAGGAAAUUUUUGCUGCUAAGUCUGAGCUCAUCAUUCUCCACGGCGAUAAAGAGCUUCAGCAGCAGGGAUUGAACCGGAACAGAAUUGAGCAGAACACUUGUAGCUGGAGCACUUUCGAUAAAGCCAUCGGCAUCAAAGUGUGCGCUUCUUAUCAGUUCCCAAACAUGACGAAUCUACCUAACGCGCCCUACUUCAUCAUGAGCGGACCAGCUAAGUACAUAUUGUCGUUGGAGAAGGCCGAUCCAUCGGCAAAGACUUACGCCUUCCAGUACAAGUGGAGUAGGAACGCGACCACAGACGUUAUAGGCUUCUCAUUUGAUACACCCAAUAGUAAGGAGAAACGUAUGAUUGACGCCUCAAUGAUAAUCUCCAAUACAUCCAGCUCCGCGUCCUUGACCCUGCAAUCAGCGCGAAGCACAUUGAAAGCAAAAGCAAUGUAUAAAAAUAAACAAUACGACAAAUCACUGGAAGCCAGUUUGGACGUGGACGGUCGCAAGCAGUUCGACACCGUCAUGUCGUUGAAGAGGCACGAUAUUAAAUAUGGCUACGUGUGGCUGCCUCACGCUUAUUGGGUCAUUAAUAAUGAAACUAUCGCUGAACUAUCUGGAAGUGUUAAAGUGAAAACUAAAAGUGAAGUCACCCAAUGGGACAUCACAACGGAUUUCCAGACGCGUCAACUCGCGAGUAGACUCAUUGGAUAUUAUACCUUAAAUGGACCAACACAUGGUGCAAAAUUGCAACUCGACUAUCAGUUCUACAGAAACCCAAAACAGACCAUUCGAUUGGAGGGAGUGUAUAGCGAAAGGAUUAUUGGUUACAGGCACGAUCUGUAUGGAGAAUUGGCUAUGGAAUUUACCGCUUAUCCAGGAUAUAAUUUUUACUCAGUACUCAGGAAUGUGAAAACGCAAAGCCACAUGGACAUAGGUUUCAACGUGAGUGCAUCAAGACAACAAAAAUCCGAGCCGGCCUUCACAUUCAUCUUGAGGCGCAUCGACAAACUUAACGGAGUGAAACUCAAUACUGAGAUUGCUAUGACUCGAUCACAGAAGCCUAUUUACUUUAAGUUUCAGUUUGAAGAGAUCGGUCCAAAAUAUUCAGCACUGGCCGUACUUAACUUCAAUCCAAAGUCGCGUGAGAUAAUGUUAUCCGGCUACUUAUUCGCGCCUCCAGGGUCACAGUUAUACGUAGACGCCGAACUCAAUGUUACCUUGCCUACCUUACACCCAUGCACUCUAAAAGCAAAACUGCACGAGAAGCAAGCUAAUGAGUUUCAACUUAACGCAGUCGGCAUUUGGUUCACGGGAGUGGACUACAACGUGGACGCGCUAUACCAAGACCAAUCGAAGACCAAUCUCGCAUCGCACCGAGUCAAAGUUAUAAUAAACAGCAGCCAUUUCAAGGAUAUCUCUGUCGACGCGAGAUUCACACAGGAUAACCGACAAAUCACCUUUAUUGGUCAGGGUGAAUACAACGAAGACAGUUACCGUACGUUGAUACGUUACGUGCUACUCUCAGAACAGAACUUCACCACUUAUGUAGAGAUGGACGUGAGUGGACAGACCUAUAGUCUCAACCUGAAUGCUGACCUCAACAACAACACCAACCUCAAUAUGGACCUGCACAUAGAUCAGCUGCGAGACGUGCAAAUAUCAUACCAACGUUGGAACAGCGACAGCCAGAAACGUCUCAGCGCGUCCAUUAACUGGGAUGCGAACCGAGACCCUUCACAAAAGCUAAGCGUAGACAUACAACUGGACCGCCUGGCCAAGUGGCACCGAGCCGGCAGACUCACAUUACACUAUCCAGGGCGACUUAUCAACGGGGAGUACGAAUUUCUGCUCAAAGAUUGGUUCUGCGAGUGGCACGUGCGCAUGGGCUGGGCGAGCGACGCGACUGUGCUGUGGCGCGUCAAGAUGUAUUCGGAGGCGCGCGACCAGACCGUGUACGCGUUGCUCUCCAGUCUGGACACGCCCUUCGCUGGCUGGCGGGACACGAGCUUCAAUGUCAUGUGGCGCUACCACGACAACUUGCAAGCACUAAACGGCAGUAUGAACUGGCAAGAGGACUACCUCGCCUUCAGUCUCCUAGCCGAUUAUCUGUUCAAAACGAACGAGUUCUACGGCGAAAUCAACGCGCUGGUCAACUCCACUAUACCGACAUUGCCUAAAGCUGCCGCAAUUGCGAAACAUCGAGUAGUUUGGAAAAAGAGCGCGGAUACGUUGCUCAGUUUUCAGUACAACGAAGAUGGUAUGCUUAUGAUCAAUUCAUCUUGGCAUCUGGACAGAGGACAGAACGAAAAUAACAUUACUGGAAGAGUCAUGAUUAUUACGCCUUUCCAGGGAUACAGAAAGGGAUUCCUACGCACGGAGUUCGUGUUGGGGCACAAACGAGAUAUCAAAGGCGUCACUUACUUGGAUUUAGAAGAGAAAGUUGUCAAGAUAUACGUUGACGGGUACAUGCGCAGAGUCACAAACUGUAUGUUGGUAAUAAAUGUAACGAGCCCAGUGGGAGAACUAUCCCGUAUGUCGGCGCGAUUCGGUUUCGUGGAGAAAGACCGCCAUCUUGUUGCCAUGGUCGUCACGCCUAACUCCACCACUGGUAUCGAGGUGCUACUCAAAUUGGUAUCGAUGCAAGAUUUCCACGUGUUUGGUCAUGUCGCUCUCCCAGUGCAAUAUCUAGAUAGGGCAGUGGUAACAGCGAAACGAGCACCAGAAGAAGUGGACUUUAGAGUGGGCUGGGCGGAGAUGGACUUCGGGUUCACGGGCAUCUGGCACUGGCGGUCGUUACUGAACUUUGUGUACGUCUACAAGCUGUACACGCCGCUCGACGGCUUCGAGGAAAACGGUCUCGUACUUAAAAAUGUCUUCGGUAACGGGCUCGACACUGAACUCUCCAUGCGACUGUCCAAACACAAGUUCGGCAUAGCGAUCCUUCUGGUCGACAACGGCAAGGGGUUGCUAGACGUUCUAAAUGAUCGCUUUCGACACAAGCCCGGCGACCCGGAUAUGUUUGUAGAAAAUUUCGACACUACAGCCAGUGUUGUGCUUGAUACACUGUAUUAUCCUACAAUAACAUUCCAUUCGCAUAUGAUGAAGUUUGUUGGACCUGAUGAAGAGGAUAUUCUUGAAGCAAAUGCUACGUUGUGUUUGCCUGAAAAACCACCUAUAGUUUUAACCGAUGUAUUUAUUUUGGAGCAAUAUACAGUGAUGAGAAAUACAUUAAACCUAGUUACACCGUUCCAAGCUAUAAAAGAGUUAAAAUCUGUAUAUACGGUGGAUAUUACGCUCGGGGAAAAAUUCAAUGUGACAUGCGUCGCCUUACUCUAUAAUGGAACCUACUGGCAUGAGAUUUCUUACAAAAUUUUCUAUGAAUACGAAUGCGGUGAGGAUGACGCUUACCAGUCGUAUUUAGCUUCUGUUGGUAUAGCAACCCCAUUGGCAGUGUUGCCAGGUUUAGAGGCAAGAGUCUCAGCCAGACUAGAAGACGCUUUGUGGAAAAUGGGAGCCGAUAUUGCCAUGCCAUCUUUCUCUGUCACUGCUGUCGCUAGGCUUGAGCUGGACGAUCCAUUUGUUGAGACAUCGGGCAGUCUGAAUCUUACGUCGGUGUAUUUAGAGGACUAUUUCAUAAAAAUGGAAUUUAAAAAGGACUUCUCUGACGUUGAGAGUAUGGUUGGGGGCGGCAUUCAGAUUCAACAAGGCGAUCAAAAUAAUUAUCUAUUCGCGGACGCAGUGUGGCGACCGCCGCCAUCGCGACACGUGCGGUUCAAAGCUCGCGGGGCUUUAGUGCCAGUGCUGGCGCCUUCUGACCUGCUGCUGCAGUACAGUGACGAGAACACCCAGAAGACCCUCACCUUGGACUUCACUACAGCAGAAAACUAUUAUUCCUUGAAAGCAGACCAGAGACCGACCUCGCUCAGUGUAGCGCUAAGCAGUCCGCACAAAGGAUUCAGAGCAAUGAAAAUAAUCACCAAAUUCGACAAGGAUGACGUAAUUGGAUCGUUUGUUACGGAUACGACGGAAUACAGUAUUACUGGCAAAGUACUUAACAGGCAGCCGCUUGAAAUCUCGCUGGUCCUGAUUCCCAAAGGCCAAGGGCAACAGAUCAGAGUACGAAUGAAGUUCGAGGCGAGUCGCACUGUGUACGGACUAUCCGCGCACGUCGUGGGCCCGGUGGAAGCCACUGUACACGCCAAAGUGGAACUGGAGAGCAACUUCACCGAUAUUAAUUUCAAAGUGGACAUGCCGCAAGUUAAGGAUAAAGAGAUUUUCUUUAAAUCCCGCGUGGAUUCAUACCCUGGACUAAGGAGAGUGAUGAGCGUUCAAGCCUCCACUCCGCUGAAGAAACUGGGCUAUUUGAAAGGAGAUACCGACUUUGUAUUUGGGCCAAAGACGGGAUAUCUUCUAUGCAAAUAUGAAUUGCCCGAUAUGAAAGGCAACGGCGACCUCAAAUGGAGUUUCCUGUUGGGCGAUUUGUAUAUCAGGGCGCUGGGACAGCAACUAGUGCGGCAACUACAGAAGAGUGUGGACCUAGACAUCUUCUUCGGUAACAGUACGACGCCCGAUAAACUUGUCAAAACCAACGCCGGGUUUAGAAUGGACCUCGAUCGUGUCUGGCAGAUUGGCGCCAACGCUUCAUUCGGGUACAUACCGGACAAACGCAUCAAUUUAAUCAUAAAUGCGAUCCUCCCUAAGCCUAACGUGGACGUGCACACAUUGUACAUCGACGGCGAUAUGGGGACGAGCGAGAAGCCCGAGAAAGUUCUAGAAGCAGAGUACAGGACUGACGUUACCAAGAUUGUUACUGCUAUUAGAGGAAAGAUUCUUAGUCUAGAAGAAAGCUUAGACUCCAACGCGAGGAUAACCUGGACAUCGAACUCCGAAUAUAAAGACGUGGACAAUAUUUUAUCUUACAAAUGGGAUGUGAACGGAUCAAAGCACGUCGACUACACUCUCACCACACCACUGUACGUUAAAGAGCCUACUUUCAACAUAAAGGGUUCGUACCAAAAAGAUAUGGUACAUGGAUACCAGAUACUCAAGGGUACUAUGCAUCGUCCGGGCAGCAGUCAGAUCGGCGAGCUGGACCUCCGCUACGGCGGCUUCAAGCACACAGACGGACAUUUCAACCUCAGCACACCGUUCCAUAAGCUGCCGUGGCUGAAAUCUAUAUUCGAUAUCAACAAUUUGGAAGAGUAUUCGGACAACAAGGUGGACCUGUUCUGGCCUAAUAAAUCCGCCUCGGUAAACACAACUCACGUUUACACGAAACGCGAGAGUGGCUUCACGCAAACCGGCGUGAUAUCGUUGUCAGUUCCAUUGAACACCCAACACCUCGUCAACACGCAGUACUACUACGUAGAGGACGACAAAUCGAGCAAUGGAAAUGCUACAAUUGAUUUUGAUCACGAGCGAUUCGCCCAGGGUUCCUUCGUACAGGUUUUAAGCAAGAGCGAAAGGAAUUUGGACCUUUCUACCACCAACAUAGAAGUCGAAAAUAUUCACACGCCUGUUGGUAUUAAGUACAUACACGAAUUUGACGACACUGGAAACAUUGACGUGAAACAAGCGACCAUCUUCCACCUCCAGAACGCGACGAAGUUCAACGUUACAGGCAAAUUGGACGUCUUGAACUACGAUAUAGGCAAAAAGUUGAAACUGACCGCUAUACACGGUAACCGAACAUGGAGUUUCGACAAUAAAUACGAAACCUUGGAGAAACAGUUGACUCAAGGCAGCAAAAUCCAAUGGGCGGAGGACGUUUGGAUCGACUACGAUAUACACGUCACUAAUAUGAGCGUGGAGGACACGGAAUCCCAGGAGCUAGUAAUGAAGUUGCGAUACCCGCUGCGUUCGCUGAGCGUGGCGGCGCUGUACCGGCUGCAGGACUCGCUGCUGGAGGGUGACGCGCGCCUGCUGUGGAACGUGCGCGAGGAGAACAAGACUGCGCACGUGCGAGCGCGCUGGGACAACCCCCCCACUGAGGAGGGAAAUUUGCACGACGUCUAUCUCGCUCUCUCGCACCCCUCCUUCAAAAAGGACGUAACUAUAAAAGGCCAGUACCUAACCACACCGGCGGUAAUGUCAAACCUAUCCAUCGAGCUACAGUAUUCGGACUACGAGACCGAAUAUUUAAAACUACAAUCUAUUCUAACGGACAAUUCGAAUGGACCGAUUAGAGACUACAAGUUCGCGCUGACCUGCACACAUCCGUCCACGAACUUGGCCCUGGACAUGAAGUCCGAUAUAAAUAUACAGAGCAAGUGGUACUACAUGAACACAUUCUACAGAUUCCAAAAGUCGCUGUUUUAUGAGAAGUUGCGACAACAUAAAAUGCUGAUCGACAUGAACAAGAGUGCAGUUAACUGGGAGCGCGCAAAUGAAACGUACUACUAUAAGGUGAACGGUUCUUGGGAGUUGGUUUAUCCAUUCUACAGAAUAAACGGUCUCGUGUUACAUCCUAAUGGUAACGACACAGUAUUUGGUGAGCUGUCUAUGGUUGACAAAUCACUCAUAGGUCACUACAAUAGCACAGAUGAUAUCUCCUACCACUUAAUUGGUAAGAUCGUAGAUACUCGAUCUGCAAAACUAAACGCUUGGCGCGAUUUUGAUGACGUCUCAACCGUCGAUUUAGCUUCAUACAUUCGUCUGAACCAUUCCCGGCUUCUAACCAGCUCUAUAAUCUGGCGACCUCAAAUAUUCAGCGAGAUCAAAUCACAAGCUCUCUAUACAUUGAAGCUUUUGUAUUCGCAAGUGAAUGAAACGCUAAUGAUAAUUAAAGAAGCGCCGAUGGAAUCUCAUCUUGCGUUGAGAGCCAUUUGGAUCGACGCUAAACCGCGCAUCAGAGAUUUCUUGGACGAUUUGAACGACUUGCACGUAAUCAAGGACGACUUAGAUGAAUUCGAACGCUUCCUAAACGAGUCAUACAACAACAAUGACUUCUAUGUCAAGGAUGUUGUCGAGUUCACGUACUAUGUGCUAGACGAAAUGGCCAUAAGAAACCAUUUAGAGGGCUUGCCCGGCUUCGUGAACGAUAUGUGGGGCAUGAUGGGCAAUACAAGCCAGUCUAUCAAGCAAAGCCUGACGUACAUCGUUGAUACCAUCAAAAUGGCCUAUUCGAACUUUUUAGAAUCCGUCAAUAAGGUGCUAGAGGCAGAUUUUAUGGAAUUGGUCUCCGAAAGACUUGAAGCGAUGAUUUUGCAGUACGACAACUUUGUAAGGGACCUGCAUAUGAAACUUCUGGAGUAUUGGGAGGAAACCUGGGUGAAUGCGACAUCGAGAUUAUCAAUUUAUUGGCACGAGUUAUUAAAGUCGAUCGAACCGUUGUUCUUUAAAAUAUUGCAUUACACGGAAUCCUUUGUAUUCACGGUCUGGAAAGGCGUUAUGGAUUUCUUCUACAACAGAACUCAGGAGUUGACUGAUUCACCAUAUUUCAAUUACGUAUCGACCUUCGGACACGAGAUGGAUAAGAUAUACAAAGACUUAGUGAACAAUGAUCUCAUUACAAACAUUAAGAAGUACAGUAAAAAGCUUUGGAAUGUGGUAUGGAGCAAGAUAGAGAAGUACAUACCGUUUAAAGACGAGUUUAAGCAGCUGUACGCCGAAUUUAGGAAUGCCUGGGAAAACUUCUUGAAGACGCCUCAAGUCGUUUACGUUAUCGAAAAGUACAACGAAGCCUACGUACGACUGAAAUGGUGGUAUGACUAUUUCUUGAUAGGUGAAGCCUUGGAAAAAGUAUGGGAGAUAUUGUAUGCAAAGCUCACCGACAUGGCUAAAACGGCGCUUCAAUAUGAAGAGUUACACCGUACACCGAAAACAAACUUCAUAUUCGAUCCUCACGUAGGCGAAAUCCUUCUAGAGCAGAAGCUGCCGAUGUCUUGGCAUGCGUUCAACCGCACGCCGGACUUCUCUGAGAUCGCGGAGUACCGAGCUGUUAGAGACUUUAUGGACGACUGGCUCAUUUCCAACAGGAGUAUCUGGUCCUACUACUACGAGAUACGACCCUAUAUGGACCUUGAUAAUGUCGUGCCACCCUUCACCGGGAUGGCAAUGAUGACAGCGCAAGGAACUCUCGUAACAUUCGAUAAGCAAGUGUUCACUAUAUGUGAAGGCGGCACCUUCCUGCUCACGAAGGACUACCGCAAUAACAACUUCACGGUGCUGAUGGAGAGCAACGAACAAGGCCUGUACGAUCUGGUCGUGCUGACCAAGAGGAACCUGAUAUACGUCGACUUGUACAAGGAGCAAGUGUCGCUGGGCCGCGACAGUCCUCUGACCUUGCCAGCUGUAGUCGAGGAAUGGCUAGUGGACCGACAAGCAGACUUGCUGAUAAUAGAGGGCCGCAGUGAACUGGACGUUCAAUGCAAUCUCCUGUUCCGCACUUGCAAGCUGCAAGUUUCUGGUUGGCACUAUGCCACUUUGGGCGGCUUACUGGGCACGUACAACAACGAGCAGUACGAUGAACAACAGCUUCCGAACGGAACGUUAAACGCCAACGUGCCUACACUUGCCAAAGGAUGGAGUCUGCGGACUGGCGCUGCACCCGCGUACACCCGGCAACUCAGUAACGACACACAAUGUGAUAAGUUCUUCAGCAACAAGGUGUCCCCGCUGCAUCCCUGCUUCACAGUUAUCGACGCUCAGCCGUUCCACGAAGAAUGCAUGCGCGGAAUCGACGCAUGCGCGUUGGCGAACGCGUACCUCGAGCUAUGCGCACAACAACACGUGCCCACCCACAUACCCGACCAUUGCGUGCAAUGCACGACAGCACAAGGGGACGUGGUUGAAGAAGGCUCUUUCGUUCAGUUAGAGAGUCCGCCCAAUUCGACAGACGUGGUAUUCGUUAUAGAAGCCGAGCAGUGCAACAAGAACAUACGAAAAGCGAAGAAUAUAGAUCUGUUCAUAGAGGCGUUCGAUAGCAAACUACAGGGAAGUGGCUUCUCUGAUAAUAGGUACGCGGUAGUGGUGUACGGCGGGCGCGGCGUAUUCCGGCGGCCGCGCGCGCUUUACGUGCGCAACCGCCUGUUCGCGGACGCGGUGGCCGUGCCCGCGCACUUCGACGCCUUCCACAUUGAGAAAGGGAAUGGAAGCGAGGGUAGUGGUGCGGAGGCGGACGUGUUCGAGGCGUUGCGGUUCGCGAGCGCUCUACCGCUGCGCGCCGCCGCGCCACGCGCGCUGCUGCUGCUGCCGUGCGCACGAUGUCGCGCCGCCGCCAUGCACCUGGACUACUCGACAAUUUACCACAACCUGAUGGAGAACUCUAUCACCCUGCAUAUUCUAAUGAACGACGAAUUUACGCUCUCGAAAAAACGGGUCGCUAAAUAUCUGUUUGGUGUAGAUAGUACAUUGGCGUACACAAACAAGGAUUACGAAAGGCUCGUGGGAGACUUUGGGCUGCGGAAACAAGUGAAAUUACCAAAAGACAAAUUAGGAAUGUGUACGUCCCUCGCUAUGGAGACGAAUGGCAGCGUGUGGGCGGGCGCGAAGUUGUCCGGCGAGCGCGGCGCAGCGCGGAGGUUCGCGACGGUAGUGGGAGCGCGCGCUGCUCGCUCCGCCCGCGCCUGCGCGCCCGCGCGCUGCGAGUGCCGCGCCUCGCGCCUGCACUGCCGCCCCUGCCGCGACACCGACCCCUUGGAGCUGUCUUUCUGGAACUCUGACGAUAUCGACGAGUUGAUUGACCUGGCGAUGGAUCCUCCCAACCUACCUUCGUUUAGAUGA